AUGGGAGUUCCGGCCGGAGACGUCGAGAAGGGCAAGAAGCUGUUCGUGCAGCGGUGCGCCCAGUGCCACACGGUGUCGGCCGGCGGCAAGCACCAGGUGGGUCCCAACCUGCACGGGUUGAUGGGCCGGAAGACGGGCCAGGCCGCCGGGUACAAGUACACGGAUGCCAACAAGAACAAGGGCAUCGUCUGGACCGAGGACACGCUGUUCGAGUACCUGGAGAACCCGAAGAAGUACAUCCCGGGCACGAAGAUGGUCUUCCCGGGGAUGAAGAAACCGUCCGAGAGGGCCGACCUGAUUGCGUACCUCAAGUCGGCUACGUCUUAGAGAAGUCUGGAGCGUGAAUUGAUAUGAAUGAAUCAGAAAUAAAUAAAAAAUGAU